UCUUCCUCUUCUCUCACUUGGAUUCCUGACAAUGAUAAAGAGCAGCAGCUCAAUAGCUACAACUAUGCUUUCGUACGUAGGCUGCAGCCUACUGGUCCUCUCCGCCUCCCUGGCCGGAGCCUCUCUGGCCGAGGUGGUGUUCCGCUGCCCGGGCUGCACCGCGGAGCGUCUCGCGCUGUGUCCCCAGCCCACCGACACCUGCGCCGAGAUCGUGCGCGAACCGGGCUGCGGCUGCUGCCCGGUGUGCGCCCGGCAGGAGGGCGAGGCGUGCGGCGUCUAUACACCAAGGUGCGCCCACGGGCUACGCUGUUACCCGACCCCCGACUCUGAUCUGCCCCUGGAGCAGCUGGUGCAGGGUCAGGGCCAGUGCCGACACAGAGUGGACCCCGAGACGAUAGCGUCCAGUCAGGAGCAGCGGGAGCAGAGCAGUGGAGAGGUGGUUGAACCCAUUCCUGACCGAGGUGUAAGCGAAAUCCCUGUCCUCCGUAAGCCAACUAAAGAGACCACAUGGCUGGGACCCAAGGAGAGUGCUGUUCGUCAGCAUAGGCAGGAGAUGAAGACCAAGAUGAAGACCAACAAGGUGGAGGAGGUGAAGCCCCCGAGGCCCAGACAGACUGCGUGUCAGCAGGAGCUGGACCAGGUGUUGGAGAGGAUAUCUAAGAUGCCCUUCAGAGAUAACCGAGGUCCUCUGGAGGACCUCUAUGCCCUGCACAUCCCCAACUGUGACAAGAGGGGGCAGUAUAACCUCAAACAGUGCAAGAUGUCUCUGCACGGUCAGCGAGGAGAGUGCUGGUGCGUGAACCCCCACACGGGUCGACUUAUCCCAUCAGCCCCCACUGUGAGGGGUGACCCCAACUGUAGCCAGUACCUGACAGAGCUGGAUCUGGAAAUCCCUGACUUAUCCCAGAUUUAGAGCGGGUAAAAUAAAGUAAAAAUGUGAAAAAAAGGAAACAUCUGAGUAAGCUAAAUAUUAUCUCAGUAUGUGUUUAUGUUUCUCUAGUUGACAUUUAGGUCCCUGACAAAUGGAUGUAGGACACAGGUCAGUCUCAGUUGCCUCAGUAGACGCCACAGUCAUUGCCUUACUAACUGGGACUUUUGCUCAGAUUUGCUCAUUUCUCGCUCUUUUGUACUGUAUGUGUUGAAAGAGGAGAUGCCUGGAAGCUGUUCCCAUCCAGCUCCUCUCCUGCCCUAGCUUGCAGACUGCUGCUGCCCACGUAUGCUAAACAGUAGUAGACUUUAAAUACAACUCACUUCUAAUGCACACUUAAUGGUGAAAUGUAAGACACGCUGGCAAGAGCAAGUGCAUUUAAUGUUGGACAGAGAAGGGUGGGGUCACAUUGCUUGAGGCUCCCCAGUGAUUUACAGGUCAAAAACUAUUAAAAUGGUAAUGACUUCA